AUCUGUCAAACGACGUGCUUGGAGAAACGUCAAACGGGAUGAAUGAAACAUUUCCAUUCAAAAUAGCUCGUACGGUGUGCAUGUCCACUGAUGUGCGAUGGCUCUUCCAAUGGAACAUGCCCUCCGCCGGUCAAUGCUGCUGAUCCGUGGACAACCGGAUAAAUCAGACCACCUUCAAGACAUCCUGUUCGAUGCGGCCAUCAAGUAUACACAUACCGGGUUUCGCGUUCUGUUCUUCACCCAGAAACCCAUAGAACGGGUGGCAACCAGCAUCCGGGAACAAUUUAGUGAUUUGUUCAAAAUGAUCACCUUUAUCUACGUUCAAACGAUCGAUGCUGCAUUGAAGCGCCUGCUCGAUAUACAACGCUGGACCAACUGCGUGCCGGGUUUAAUUAUAGUCGAAUCGUUUGAUCUGUUGACCACAUCGAAUCCUAACGAUGCGCAAAACAAGCAAGACUUUCAGCGGGCUCUGUUUUUGGCCACUUUAGCAGAUACCAUUCGUACGAUCUCGAUCAAUCAGAAGGGAACAUGCAACUGCAUCGUUUCGUUGAACUAUGGCACCAUGGCAACUGUGCCAUUCGAACUGUAUUACCGGGAACAUAACGUGCUCGAUGUGAGCCAUAUAAAUGAAUCAUCGGACAUUCUGUCGAUCAUGAUGGAAAAUGAGCAUAGUAUAGAGAGUAAUUUACUCUGACUGGUUCGUGAAAUAGAGACAUAAAUGGAUAACAUAUAAACAUUAUUUUGUUUGGAGACAACAUGCAGAUUAUUUGGGAAUAAUAUUUUUCUCCUCAUGUAGCAAGAAUGCUUUCAAGAUGGUUAAGAAAGAGAAGAAUUAAACUGAACCUUUUUUGCAUAAUUUAUAUUGCAUCCAGAUUUUACAACAACGGCUCAAGCUUUUGAUGACCAAAUGAAUUAAGCAAACUUUCGUUUCAAUGUUCUGUGAAACGCUUAAACCAAUCUACCCGGUCCACUCCAAGUUUGCGACCAGCGCAACGUGAUCCGAAGGAAAGACGGGCGAAGGUAUUGCUUCAUACAUCGAUAGCUCUUCUCGGCUUGGCAUCGGAAUAACAUCG